CGAUUCAAAGGCUUCGGCUUCUAUCGCGUUCAUUGAUCCACUGUUCGUUUAGCAUCUUUUUGAUCAACAACUGCAACGACCGCAUCGCAUGGAAGAGAAGUUGAUUUCACGUUGAACGACUGCCCUACUCAAGAAACAGGAUCUCGAGUGGUCCCUUGCUUCCCUCUUGGUCUUACAAGACUCCUUAUGAACCUGACCUUGGGCAGCGGUUUGAAUGGAACCAAAUCAGUCCACAAGUUGUGGUGAUAGAGCCACAUUGUUGGGAGAGACCAGCUUCACUCUGAGAACCACUGAGGACAUCUGGUUUGGAUGCUGCUCCUGCACCUAUGUCACCAGAGAUCAGCAUGCAAUUUUAAGCCACCUGGUUGCCCAUGGAGAUGAACAAUUCAAGCGCCAGCUUGCUCCCAUAUCUGGCUCUAGGUCCCAGGUGCUCAGCAACACUCAAAAGUGGAAAAGUGAUAAGUUAUUUGAGUGCAAACUGUGCCCCAAAGCCUUUGCUCACAGUAAUAGUCUGAUCCACCAUAGACAAAUACAUGCAGGUGAAAAGCCAUACAAAUGCAUGCUGUGCCCCCAAGCCUUUUUUUAUAAUUACACCCUGACUCGCCAUAUUAGGACACACAGUGGUGAAAAGCCAUUUAAGUGCAUGCUGUGCCCCCAAUCCUUUUUUCGGAAAUAUAAUCUUAGAAUCCAUAAUCAAAUGCACACUGGUGAAAAGCCAUUUAAGUGCAAGCAAUGCCCCCAAGUCUUUGCUCAAAAAUCCUAUCUGAGAAAGCAUAAUCGAACGCACACUGGUGAAAAGCCAUUUAAGUGCAAGCAAUGUGCCAAAGCCUUUGCCCAUGAUUCCAGUCUGAGAAAGCAUAAUCGAACACACACUGGUGAAAAGCCAUUUAAGUGCAAGCACUGUCCCAAAGCCUUUGUCCAAGGUCACCACCUGCGAAGCCAUAGUCGAACGCACACAGGUGAAAAGCCAUUUAAGUGCAAGCAGUGCCCCCUAGCGUUUUCUCAAAAUAAGGGUCUGAUCCGCCAUUAUCGAACACACAGUGUUUAAAAACCAUACAAGUGCAGUCAAUGUUCCAAAUGCUCAGAAUAGGAGUUUAUCCGCCAGAACUGGAUGCAAACAUGCUGAAUGCUUUGGGGUUAACCCACAAGUGGAGCCUGCCCUAGCUGUGUCUAAUAAUUUUACUUGUGCAGAAUUUUAUGCCAUUUAAAUCAAGCUAUUCAUAUACCUGAGGGCAAGAUAGAUCUCAAAGCCCUUGCUCGGAUUAACCAUUAAACUCAACUUCAUGCUGACACAUGAAGUUGACAAACCCUGUGGGCGGUUGCAUGAUUGGGAGCAAGGAGGCCUUGCAAAGGCCAGAAAUAUCCGAGAAGCUUUGAUCGUAAUCCCAGUUUCGUUGGCCGCAUACACUGCACACAGAGCCGUACUAUGUGGCCUUGCUUUUGAGCCUCUCGUCCAAACACCACUGUUUGUCAUCACACAAAUGUAUUGGGGAGUAGGACUUGGCAGCAGGGGCGGCGCCAGAAUUUUUUUCCUGGGGGGGCACAUCAUGAUUACUGAAUUUGGAGGGGGGUCUUGUUUUCUUUGUUUAUGCUUACCUUCAUAGUAGGUUGUGGCAAUAGGCGGAACGCUUUUUGCUGAUGAAACCUUGCCUAAGGUGUACGCAAUUGAGGAUGGCUUAACGCUUAAUAUGAACAUCCAAUCAUAAUUUAGGUACACAUUUUUAUUGGAUAUCAAUUAAUCCACAUUCCUUCUCUUGUGUACUUACAAUGUUCUUUUUUUGUUUGUUUGGUGAUUAAUCUCAUAAAGUAUGAUAGGACCCUCAUCAUUUUUAUGAAGUUUUGUUUGUUGCAUUAACUCAAAUUCAUUUGUAAAACAUUGAAAGCUUUAAACGAAUGUGUCGUUUAAAGGGACCAUGGAGGCAGUUUUGAAGUUUUAUUCGACGAUUGAAAUGGAUGUCAGGCACGUCUCAGAUACUGUUGACCAAGUUCUAUCCCGAACAGAAGUUUGGGUGCCGCACCAAUCGAGCAAACAGGCGCGGUAAUAAUAGCGCCGGGAAUGAUGCCCGAGACCCCACCGAGGCGGCGGCAGAAAGGUGGACUAAAGUGCGCCGAAGCGUGACGACAACGGGCACCUCGCCUGGCGAUUGGUUCAAACGAUAGACGCGCUCUUGGUUUCGAUUUUGGUGGUGAGAUGUGAUGAAAAAAGUGUAUUUGAACGUUGGAUAAUAUUUUGAAGUUGUAGUUGUGAAUUAAUAAGUUUCAUACCGUGUAUUAAAGCAUAAUCUGAAGCGAUCCCUCCAUUUGUCACUGGUUGAACGCAUCCCGCACUGCUACCUCGGGCGCGUAACAAGCAUCAAGCAACCAUGGACAAAAAAAAGAAAACGAGGUACGAGCACCGGGGGCGGCGGACUUUUGGCUUUGGUUUCGUGCGUUGUCUCGUGUUCGCUUUGCGAACUGGUGUCUCACCAAUCAUGCCGCAUUAUGUGGAGUAGUAGGUUGUGUGAAAGGUCGGCUAAAGACGUGCGGUCGAUCGGGCGACGUUAGUUUGCAUAGACUGCCGACCGAUCGGUCGUCAAUCCAGAGUUCUGCGUCCUUAGCAGCAUCUCCCGUUCAGUCGGCGUGAGGUCGCUGAACGGUAGCUCAAACUCGUUUGUGAGCGUGGCGUUGUCGUCCAUUUCUUCCAGGUUUUCUUCACAGACCGCCGUACACUAGAGCGAACCACGGGAACCACACUGAGUGUGCACUAAAUCCUACCGAUGCCGACAGUGCUCCCUGACGUCACUUCUCUUUCCAGAGGCGAAAAAGGGAAGAAAUCUGAAUGUUUGUUUCGGUUUCGCAAAUUUAUUUGCAGGUACAGAAAUAAGUCGCAAUGUUCUAGAAAAAGUUGUGUGGCAUGCCAGGACCCCAAUGCUUGCGGAAAGACCUUCUUUUUAAAAAAAAAAUUAAAUUGCCUUCAUGGUCCCUUUAAGAAAAAUGAAUAUAUAAUGCUAUCUCGGACACUCGCAGGUUCAUCAGCAAAAACAUUAGGAGGAUCGCACUGCGUUUUACAAACUUGUGUACUCCAAGCGCCGACAAUAUAGCCAUCUGCAAACUAAAAACAACUUUUUCAUAGAAAUCACAGUAAGGGCAUUGGCAAUAAACUUUUGACAGCUAGAAAGAAGCUAGUUUUUUGUGGAAUUUUUAACUUUUAUUUGGGAAUAAUCAUGACCUUUGUUAUUCACUAUGAAACUCAUUGAUACUUGAAUAUAUUAUUUUUGAGAAUAUGUGGUCGUAGAAAAGAACGCGAUUAAAA